AUGUGGCGCAAACAAUUAAUAAAAUCUUAUUGUACGUUGGGUUCAAAUCAGGCCACCACCAAUGCCACAACAAAACCUCCUCACAUACCGGUUUUAUGUCAAGAGGCCAUUACAUAUUUAAAACCUUCAUCACAGCAGACAUUUAUUGAUAUGACCUUCGGUGCAGGCGGCCAUACUAGUCAACUUUUGGAGCAGCAUCAAGACAUUAAAGUGUUUGCCUUAGAUCGUGAUCCGGUAGCAUAUGAUUUGGCCAAAACUAUGAGCUCUAAAUAUCAAGGUAGAUUAAUACCAUUGCUAGGAAAGUUUUCCGAUUUGCCGCGUCUCCUCAAAGAUCAUCAGGUGGGACGUCAUAGUAUCGAUGGCAUUCUAUUUGAUUUUGGCUGCUCCUCCAUGCAAUUUGAUGAAGCUGAUAGAGGAUUUUCCAUAUCGAAAAAUGGUCCCUUAGAUAUGCGUAUGGAUCGUGGUUUAACAAAAAAUACUGAACAAAUUACUGCUGCCGAUGUUUUAGCACGAGCCGAAGAAGUUGAUAUUGCGAAAAUUUUAAGAAUCUAUGGCGAAGAAAAGGCUGCCAAAAAAAUCGCCAGAGCUAUAGUUGAGGCCCGUGCGGCUUUCUACAAAAUAGAAACCACCAAACAAUUAGCAGAUCUAGUGGCUUCGUGUUUAAGUGAUACCCCCUUUAGAAUGGAUAAAAUGCAACGUCCUUCCCAUGUGGCCACCAAAACCUUUCAAGCUCUACGUAUUUUUGUUAACAAUGAAUUGAACGAAAUCAAUUAUGGCAUGAUAUUGGCAAAUGAAUAUCUAAAGCCGCAAGGACGUUUAGUAGCUAUAACCUUUCAUUCUCUAGAGGACACUAUUGUAAAACGUCAUCUCAAUGGCAAUGUCAUAGAAGGUUUGGCCAAUCCUGUUCCUCUUAAAUAUUGCGGUCAUGAUGUUACCCACGACAAGGAACUAGUAGAGUCAUUUGUCUCCUCCAACUGGAAACAGUUGCACAAACAUGUCAUUGUCCCCGAUGAUGAGGAGGUGGGUCGCAACAGUCGCAGUCGUUCGGCAAAAUUGCGUGCUGCCAUUAAGCUGAAAUAGUGAACAUGGACGGACAGUGGUUUGUUUGGGUAUUUUAUUUUAUAUUUAAAAAGUUUUUGUUGUAGUUUUAAGUUACAUUUUGUUAAUUUUUAAUAAAGAAAUGUAAAUUAAUGAAUAAAAUAAA